UUCAUUAAAAAGGGAGACAGUUUGAAGCAGGUUCCACUGGUCUUCGUGCUCAUGUCUCGAAAGAAGACAAAAGAUUACAAACCUGUUCUUGAAUGUUUGAAGAAGAAGAUUGGUGUACUCCAUGUGGAAGGGUUUUGCUUGGACUUUGAAAAAGGUGCUUGGAAAGCAAUACGACAGAUCUUUCCAAAUGCAAGCAUCAAAGGUUGUGCUUUCCAUUUCGGUCAAGCCAUUUGGCGGAAAGUUCAAGAUUUGGGACUGAAAACAACGUACAGCUCAAGAGGAGUGGAAUAUAGAUACAUCCGUACGUUGAUGGCUCUGCCUUUCUUGCCUCACUCGGGUAUAAGACCAGCUUUCAAUACACUGAAAGAACGUGCAAACUCCCAGGAAUUAAAAGAGCUCGUUGUAUACAUCAGUUCAACAUGGUUCGAAGGUCGAUAUUGGUGUCCAAGAACAUGGUCAAUCUUCCAACAUUCCAUUCGCACAAAUAAUGAUGUUGAAGGGUGGCACACACGCAUAAAUUCUGGAAAGUCAAAUGUAAGCUUUUAUGUCCUUAUACCAGAGUUAAUGAGAGAAGCUGAGAUCGUGGAUCUUACUCUAAGAUUGGUAUCUGAGGAACAGGUUCUCAGACAUCAGCGACGCCGCUUCAAGGAUUUGGAAGGCCGGCUCCACCAGUUCUGGGAAGAGUACGAUAGUGGCGAAAAAACUGUGACACAAUUGUUGAGGGAAUGCAGUAAAGUGUACGGUCCAUCAGAUGACUGAUCACUGCUGCCAAUACAAAGAAUGCAGGAAGUGACAUUUGUAUUUGUCGUUAACUUUUCAUUUAGUGUCUGUAUGGUAUUUAUAGGAAUUGUGUGUGUGUUUUUUUUUGUGAAUGGUUCAUUAGUUGAUAUAUGAUUUAUUUAUUGAAUUAUUUAAUGUGUUUUCCUAUUGAGAAGAGAGAGAGAGAGAGAAAGAGAGAGAGAGAGAGAGAUCUAGUACAUAAUCUGUUUAUAUGUAUUUACUUCAUUGAAAAUACUUCAUUGAUAAUAAACGUUCUGGUCAGUUGA